UGUAGGUGGUGACACUUAUUUUCUUUUUUGUAUCCAGAAAAGUGAGCUAGAAAUAAACCUCCAGCCACACAACCCCCAGGAGUUGAAGCUCUAACCUGGGGCGGUGCCGUGUCCGCACAGGCGCACUAGCCUUCAGCCCAGGAACCCGCGCACGCAGGGCGGGUGCAGAUGCCGGGUUAGAGCACUGCGGCUCUACUGCGCAGGCGCGGGGUCAGGGCUUGGGUGGAACCGGCAGAGCCGCACCCGCCGUGUGGUCCUGUCGGUGAUGUCCGAGGCGACUUGGUGGCACCGAGGAGGUGAGGGGACUUCAAAACAUGACCUGCAUUACCGAAGGGAAGCGGAGGUUAACACCACACUUGAAGAGUUGUUACUAUACUUUAUUUUUCUAAUAAAUCUAUGCAUAUUGACUUUUGGGACGGUCAACCCACAUAUGUACUACUUAAACAAAGUCAUGUCAUCUCUGUUUGUGGACACUUCUCUACCUGAUGACGAAAGAAGCAGCUUUAGGUCCAUUCGCAGCAUAACUGAGUUCUGGAAGUUCAUGGAAGGACCCCUCGUGGAAGGCUUGUACUGGGACUCGUGGUACGGAAACACACAGCUGGACAGCGUGAAGAACAGCAGCCUCAUCUACUACGAGAACAUUCUCCUCGGCGUCCCCAGAGUGCGGCAGCUGCGAGUCCGAAACAGCACUUGCCAGGUCUACCCAGCUUUCCAGUCCCUAGCCAGCGACUGUUACAACAAAUACACAGCAGAGAAUGAGGACUUCUCUGAUUUUGGCCUCAAACAUGAUCCAGAAUGGAGGCACUCGGCUCCUUCCAGCACCGCCCCAUGGCACUGGGGGUUUGUCGGCGUCUACCGAGAUGGAGGGUAUAUGGUCACUUUAUCAAAAUCAAAGUCUGAAACCAAAGCCAAACUCGCUGACCUGCGGCAGAACAACUGGAUCGGCAGAGGGACCAGGGCUGUCUUCAUUGAUUUUUCAUUGUACAAUGCUAACGUCAACCUGUUUUGUAUCAUCAGGCUGCUGGCGGAGUUCCCUGCGACAGGCGGGAUCCUCACUUCCUGGCAAUUCUACUCUGUGAAGCUCAUCAGAUACGUCUCCUACUACGACCACUUCAUUGCCUCCUGUGAAAUUAUAUUUUGUAUUUUCCUUUUGGUCUUCAUAACACAAGAACUGAGAAAACUGAAUGAGUUUAAGUCUGCCUAUUUCAGAAGUGUCUGGAACUGGAUAGAACUGCUGCUUUUGGUGCUCUGUUUCCUUGCCGUGUCUUUCUACGCAUACUGUAACGUACAGUGUUUUCUCUUACUUGGACAGCUGCUGAGGAGCACCGAAAGCUAUCCGGACUUUUACUUCCUUGCAUAUUGGCACAUUUACUAUAACAACAUAAUUGCUAUCACGAUCUUCUUUGCAUGGAUAAAGAUAUUCAAAUUCAUAAGCUUCAACGAGACGAUGUCUCAGCUGUCGUCCACGCUAUCCCGCUGCAUGAAGGACAUCGUGGGCUUCGCCAUCAUGUUCUUCAUCAUCUUCUUCGCCUACGCCCAGUUGGCGUUUCUCGUUUUUGGGUCACAGGUUGAUGACUUCUCCACCUUUCAAAAUUCCAUAUUUGCACAAUUUCGAAUUGUCCUCGGGGACUUUAACUUUGCUGGCAUCCAGCAGGCCAACUGGAUCUUGGGGCCCAUCUACUUCAUCACCUUCAUCUUCUUCGUAUUCUUCGUGCUCCUGAACAUGUUCUUGGCAAUAAUUAAUGAUACCUAUUCUGAAGUGAAGGCCGAUUAUUCGAUAGGCAGAAGACCAGAUUUUGAACUUGGUAGCAUAAUUAAGAAGAGUUGCUUCAAUAUUCUGGAGAAACUCAGACUCAGGAAAGCUCAAAAUAAUGAAGACAAGAAAAUGAAAACCAGCGUAGACUUGGCACAAGCCAGAAAAGAAGGCUUUGAUGAAAGUGAGAUCCAAGAGGCAAGGCAGAUGAAAAGGUGGAAGGAAAGGCUUGAGAAAAAGUAUUAUUCUACCGAAAUUCAAGACGACUACCAGCCUGUCACUCAGCAAGAAUUUCGAGAACUCUUCUUAUAUGCGGUGGAGCUUGAGAAGGAGCUACACUACCUGAGUUUAAAACUGAACCAAGUGAUGAGAAAGCUACACUAACUCGCUGACGAGUAAGGUGAGGCAUCGUGGGAGUCAGUGCCUAGGAAUACUUGGGGGUGGGGCAGAGUAUUGCUGUGUUGUCCCCUAAACACACCAUCCUCUCCGGCGUAGUCAUUACUGAGUGCAAAUGCUAGGCGCUGAGCCAUGCCUGCGGCUGAGAUGCAUUUUAAAGGCACUGAAGCAGCUCUCACUUAUAAUAGGAUGGGCUCCAUGAGUCAAGUGCAGUUCACCAAGGGCUUCCUGUUAUGAGCACAUGGGCACACAGGAUUUUUAUCACAACUAUUAAGUUCUAGGGGGGUAAAGGGGAAAGUACAAGUCAAUGCUGCUCACUCGUGGGGGCAGAGCUCUAAUGGCUGGAUGAGAGGCAGAGAUGCUCUUUCCUAGGUACAGAGUACAAGAACUGUGUGGUGUUUCAACCAUAUCGUGCCCCAGGGUCUUGCUUGCGUGGGCCAGAUGGAAGUCAAGUCCUAAGAUUCCAAGAAAGUAUUAUAUAUUGUAUCAACAUAAAAUAAUCUCCCCUCUUCAAAAUCCAAAACUCCUAGAAAGAGUCAAAUACAGAACAAACUCUGCAGCUAAAAACAGAAAUCUAGAACAGCAUUCCAAGUCUCUUAAGAGUGGAGCAGACGGCAGCACAUUGGCUCCGCUUCGACAGAGGGUGCUUUGAGAGCUCUCUUGUUGGAAAGUUGUGUAUGACUGGUAUUUUAGAGACUGAAGGGAAAUGUUACUUUUCUAAGUUCUCUAAGACCUUCACCAAAUAGCCAGACUCUGUCCUGUGGGCUGAGCACCACCACACUCAGUCUGCACAUCAAUAAUGUGUGUGAUGUUCAGGGUGUGUAUUUAAAGCAUGAAUAAGGCAAAUAUUGUAAAAUAAAACCUUUUGCUUUUAAAACAUACACACACACACACACACACACACAUAUAAUAUAUAUAUAUAUAUAUAUAUAUAUAUAUAUAUAUAUAUAUAUAUAUAUAUAUAUAUAUAUAUAUAUAUAUAUAUAUAUAUAUAUAUAUAUAUAUAUAUAUAUAUAUAAUGUUGCCCAGACUCGAAGUCCUGGGCUCAAAGGAUCCUUCUGCCGUGACCAGAGUAGCUGGGACGAGAGGUGUGCAUAUCACACCAUGGUGGUAAAUAAAAGAAUUUAAAAAUUACUACCCACCACCUUCUCAAAGAAAGGAGCAUCCAAGGUUGUCUGUUUCUGAAUGCAGUGAUUCACUGCAACAGACAUGACUAACGGGCACCGAAGGUGGAGAGGAGCAAGUGUUCAAGGUCUUUGGACCUACACAGCAAUUUCAAGAUGAAGAUAAUGAAACUGUGUCUGGAAAAUAAAAGCGAAGGUAGUUUGAGUAUUCUCUCUGCAGUUUCUCUAAAUAGCUCUAAGAAGCAGGACUGACUUCUCCCCAUAACUCUGCUGGCCAAACUGUUCAGCAAGCUGGUUGUGUCCCCUGACAUCAGCACUGGGUGAUUUAAAUAAGCCUAGAACAAUGCCUCCUGGAAAAACAAACAUACAUUUGCAAUGACUUAGAACAGUGAAGUUCUUUUAUUACAAAAGUCUGUACAAUGAAGUGCCAAACAAACACAGCAAUGCAAUUAUAAGUGGACACAUAUAUAUCUAUAUAGUAUUGUAUAUAGAUAUAGUUUAUCUGUACCAAAGUAAAACUCUUGCAAGCUGCCUAACUAUCCCGGGACACAGCUAACCAUGAGUCAGUGUGCGAGUCACUUCGCUUCUCUACUCAGCCAAAACUAACACUGAACGACCAAAUCAUGAAGCAGCUGUAACUCAGUGAAACCAGUUAGGCUGCAGACUUAUAAAAAUAUUGUACUCAAAUAGAUUUAGCGUUAUAGAGAAGGAAUAUAUUAUUUAAAACAUUUAAAUAGUGCACAUGAACAUUUUUGCAUGUGGUAUACAAAAUAAAACAUUCAUAAAAAUAUACAGUGCACAUAAAAAAUUACAUUAGCAAUCCAGUCUGGAAAAAAACUAAAAAGUACACCACAUGAUGGGUUCAAAUCAAAUGAUACAUUUUUUUUUGGCAUUCUUAAUUACUUUUCUAAAAAUACAUUAUGAGUGACCUAGCAUUAUCAAGGGAAAGCACACAAACAAGGCUGGGUGAUCCAGUACUUAAAAAACAUCCCUCCAACUACACAUUCACUACUGCUGGGUUUCCCCUCUCCCCCCAAAAAGGCAUUGCACACACAAGUGAGAUGUAAAGUACUUAGACACACUAUUUAUUAUCAAACUUACUUCCUGCUCUUACUGGGUAACAAUAGUGCCAGCAUUCAAGGUUCAUGCUUUCCUCAUCUUAUUAAAGAUGUUAUGAAAUUCCAUUUGUAUGAAACAAACUAUUAAGAAAAUCAUGCAUGAGUCAUUACAUGCAAAGCAUGGGCAAAGUGAGACAUUUAUCAAUUCAAAAAAGCACUGGGGUGGGGGUGGGGAAUGAGGGACGACCCACUUAGAUUAAGCCUGACCCACAUCUGUCGUAUUAACACAAGUUACUGUCCCAUAAAAAUGAUUAGCAGGUUACCUGAAAAGCCGUGCAAAGCCAAGGGAAAAAGAUGCUAAGAGUCUACAAGGAGCACACCACUACACAUCUGUGAGCGGCCACUUUAACCAGCAGGCGCCUGGCGAGAGCUGGUCACGUGGAGAUGAAGCCCCCUGAAUAAGCACGGAAAGCUGCAGUGGUUUAGCCCUUAGAGAACACACUGGGGUGCGCUCCUUCUUUUGAGGCCCAGC